GCGCCGCUGUCGGCCAGUGCAGAGCAAGCUCGACGUCCCAGAUCCUUCAGCCUCUAGCCUAGGAUUUCCUGCGCAGCCACCAACACUCACAGAAGGAAACCCUCUCACCCUGAGAGACUCUGGGCUGCGCACACCCGGCCCCGAACACAGGGAUUCCCGGCCCGAAACCGGGCUCUGCCUGGCCCCGGACUAACGCUCUUCCACCGCGGUCGAGUGCACUUUCUCCAAGUGCGAAGAGGGGACCGAGAAGCCCAGCGAGCAAUGGGAGGGAGCUGCGCGCAGAGGCGACGCGCCGGCCGCGGGCAGGUACUGUUUCCCCUCCUGCUGCCUUUGUUCUACCCGGCGCUCUGCGAGCCCAUCCGCUACUCCAUUCCCGAGGAGCUGACCAAGGGCUCGGUGGUGGGGAACCUCGCCCGGGAUCUAGGGCUGAGUGUCCAGGAUGUGUCGGCUCGAAAGCUGCGCGUUAGCGCGGAGAAGCUGCACUUCAGCGUAGACGCGGAGAGCGGGGACUUACUGGUGAAGGACCGCGUAGACCGCGAGCAGAUAUGCAAAGGGAGGAGAAGAUGCGAGCUGCAGUUGGAAGCCGUGGUGGAAAAUCCCUUAAAUAUUUUUCAUAUCGUUGUGGCCAUUGAAGAUAUUAAUGACCACGCUCCUCAAUUCGAUAAAAAGGAAAUACAUUUAGAAGUUGUUGAAUCUGUAUCCCCUGGUGCACGAAUAUCCCUUGACCCUGCCACUGACCCCGACAUAAACCUAAACUCAAUUAAGGACUAUCAGUUAAGCCCCAACCCUUAUUUCUCAUUAAUGGUUAGAGUGAAUUCCGAUGGUGAAAAGUACCCAGAGUUAUCACUGGAGAAACUCUUAGACAGGGAAGAGCAGCGAUCUCAUCGCUUGAUUUUGACUGCCCUGGACGGAGGGGACCCGCCACGAAGUGCUACUGCUCAAAUAGAAAUCUUUGUAAAGGAUAUAAAUGACAACCCGCCAAAGUUCACCAAAGAUGAAUAUAGAAUAAGUCUUAGUGAAAAUCUGACCCCGGGAUCUUCUGUGUUGCAAGUAACAGCCACUGAUGAGGACGAGGGCAUCAAUGCAGAGAUAAACUACUACUUCCGGAGCGCCCUCCAGAGCACAAAGGACGUGUUCUUUUUGGAUGAGAAAACAGGUAUGAUUAAGAAUAACCAGUCAUUGGAUUUUGAAGAUGUAGAAAGAUACACCAUGGUAGUGGAAGCUAAGGACGGAGGUGGUCUCUCUACCCAGUGUAAAGUAAUCAUAGAAAUCCUAGAUGAAAAUGACAACAGCCCUGAAAUAGUCAUUACUUCUCUCUCCGAUCAGAUCUUGGAGGAUUCCCCUCCUGGAAUGGUUGUUGCCCUCUUCAAAACAUGGGACCGGGAUUUUGGAGAAAAUGGAGAAGUUACUUGUGCUAUAGAAAGAGACCUUCCUUUCAAGAUCUAUUCUUCUUCUAAAAAUUACUACAAGAUAGUGACAGAUGGAGCUCUGGACCGAGAACAGGACCCGGAGUACAAUAUCACCAUCAUUGCCACCGACCGAGGAAAGCCACCCCUUUCUACCAGUACCUACAUCACUCUGCACCUAACCGACGUCAACGACAAUGCACCCGUUUUCCACCAGGCCUCCUACGUAGUCCACGUGGCUGAGAACAACCCUCCUGGGGUCUCCAUCGCUCAAGUCAGAGCCUCUGACCCUGACCUGGGACCCAACGGCCAGGUCUCCUACUCCAUCGUGGCCAGCGACCUGGAGCCUAGAACGCUGCUGUCCUACGUGUCCGUGAGCGCACAGAGCGGAGUGGUGUUCGCGCAGC